AUGUACUACAGACUCGCUCUUAAGGUGUCAAAAUGUGUUCACUAUCACCUGCUCGCUCAAUUGACUGUUCCAAUAAGAGAUACAAGAAACGACAAGUCGGACGAUAUAGAAGAUGCGCUAAAAAUCGGAACCGAUAACAUCCCCCCUACCUCUCUCUCUCUCUCUCUCUCUCUCUCUCUCUCUCUCUCUACUUUCUAUUUUACAUUUAACAAUCUCACUCCAUACGUCCAGUACUUUUUCAAUACUCCUCUAUGUCUUUCUCUCUCUCUCUCUCUCUCUCUCUCUCUCUCUCCUCUUCUUCUCCUUCUCUCUCCCUUUCACUCCCAUCUCUUUCUCUUUCUCUCUAAUUCCUUUCCCUUUUCUUUAGUUCUUAAUCUCAUUAUCUCUUUCAAAGUCUCCCUCAUCGUCCCUUUCUUCUUUUUUCCUAACUUUUCUAUUCUCGAUAUAAUUUGUUUAAAUCCUUGUCCGUGUCUAUCUUUUAAUCUUUCCCUUUGUUAA